AUGGUAUAUGACAUCUUAAACCAGAGUUCCGUGACCACUUUCAUCUUGGUGGGCUUCUCAGAGUAUCCACAACUCCAAGUACCCCUCUUCCUACUGUUCUUGACCAUAUACAUCGUCACUUUGAUGGGGAACCUGGGCAUAAUUCUGAUAAUAAGGAUCAAUCCCAAACUUCACACACCCAUGUACUUUUUCCUCAGUCACCUUUCAGUUUUGGAUCUCUGUUAUUCUAGUGUGUUUACACCCAAACUAUUACAGAUCUUAGUUAUGGACGACAGAACUAUUUCCUUCAAAGGAUGCAUGACACAGUUUUUCUUUAUUUGUACAUUUGUGAUUACUGAAAUGUUUAUGUUAGCAGUGAUGGCCUAUGAUAGGUUUGUGGCUGUCUGUAACCCCCUACUCUACACUGUUUCCAUGUCUCCUAAGUUCUGUGCUCUCCUAGUAGCCGGAACUUAUAUGUGGGGUGGACUGUGUGCUGUGAUACUCAUAUACACACUCUUGCAACUGUCUUAUUGUGACUAUGGCAUCAUCAAUCACUUUGGCUGUGAAUAUUCUGCUGUCAUUUCUGUGUCCUGCUCUGACUCCUCCCUCAGCCAGAUGGCAUGCUUCAUCAUUUCUAUACUCAGUGAAUCUUCCAGUGUACUGAUCACCUUAGCCUCCUAUGUCUUUAUAGUUGUCACCAUUGUCAAGAUGCCUUCCAAAGGUGGACUCCGAAAAGCCUUUGCGACUUGUACCUCCCACCUGACUGCCAUCACCAUCUUUCAUGGGAUCAUUCUCCUUCUCUACUGUGUUCCCAACUCCAACAGCUCACAGCUUUUUGUCAAAGUAGCCACUGCUCUGUAUACAGUCAUGAUUCCUAUGUUGAACCCCCUCAUCUAUAGCCUUAGGAACAAGGAUGUGAAGGACACAGUCAGGAGGCUUAUCAGUUCCAAAUUACAUUCUCAUUUGACAUAA